AUGGAUGCAUCCUAUUUUGCCUAUGGUGGGGCCUUGGCUCAAAAGAAGGGAGAGUCGGAGUAUUGCUUGAAUUAUGGAAGGAAAAAAACGAAGGCAGCUAACCAUAGCUUUCCGAGUAGUGGAAACAUUUUCACUCAGAAGACAACGAUCGACGCAUUGCAAGAUAGUUCAACGAGUGAGCGGAUUUCCAGCCCCAGUACAAGUUAA